AUGGGAAAAAGGCUUCGACACAUGCUGAUUUUCCUUCUCAUUAUCCUGAAGGAACUCAACGUGCCAGAAGCUUUCUGCGACAAGUGUAACAAACCAUCAUCAUUCUGCAGAAAGGGCCUCACCAGCGUCCCUCAGAACCUCCCAACAUCCAUCGCUAAGUUGAAUUUAGCAAUGAACCUUAUUACAAUAGGAAAUCUUCAGUCAGGUGCAUUUAGAAACCUACCCAAGCUACAAUCUUUACAUCUGGACGAAAACCAGAUAACAAUGUUACAAGCUGGUACAUUUGGCAAUAUACCCAAGUUACAGUCUUUAAGCCUGGAGGAAAACCGUAUCACAAUGAUACAGCCUGGUGCAUUUGGUAACCUACCCCAGCUACGUAAGUUAUAUCUGUACCAAAACCAGAUAACAAUAAUUCGGCCUGGUACAUUUGCAAAUCUACCACAGCUGCAAGAUUUGCACCUUGACGACAACCAGAUAACUACGAUCCACCCUGGUGCAUUUGCAAAUCUGCCCCUAUUUAAACGUUUGAAACUUCAGAACAACAAGCUGUCGACCUUUCCAUUGUCAGCUCUCAGCCCGUUCCUAUCUAUUAUUACCAUCAAACUUGCCAGGAACCCCUGGCAGUGUGACUUGCCACAUACAUACGCCUACAUAAAGGACCCUAUAGAAACGACCAGUGAUCAGACAGGGCAGGGGCAAGCUCAGGCCAUCACUGAUUCCAACACAACAGGUACUGUGGUGACCAGUAGUGAUGAUAACCAGUAUGUGGAUAUGGACAAUCAUGUUACGACUGGGCAGGGAAGGAGACAGAUGGGCAACCAAUGA